GAAUCGUCCAGUGGCCCUCAUAAAGAGCAGCCGACUAAACAUGACCUGCCAAAUGGAUCCAUUCUGCAGACGAAAGCCAAAUGCCAGCGGACGCGCAGCAAUUCAGCCAGUGCUAGUCCAUACUGGAUAGGAGACGUUGAUUGCUCUGUGGUCAAGAAGUCAGCCUCUCGGUACAGACAGUCCCUUUAUAGCAACAGAAAGUCAUUCUCUCAACAGCUGGAGAAUGCAGCAGGAAAAACAGCUGUCAAGCCUCUCUCCAGAUCAUCUCGCUCACUAAGUACCGCCCACCUCAUGUCCACAUCUUCAGGUUUACAGGCCUCCAUGAUCUCCAACAUUGUUCUAAUGAAAGGUCAAGGAAAGGGAUUGGGUUUCAGCAUUGUGGGUGGCCAAGACAGCAUUUAUGGCCCCAUUGGCAUCUAUGUGAAGACAAUCUUUCCUGGGGGAGCAGCUGCUGCAGAUGGACGGUUGCAGGAAGGAGAUGAAAUCCUGGAAUUGAAUGGAGAGUCAAUGCACGGACUCACACACCAUGAAGCUUUGCAGAAAUUUAAGGCCAAGAAGGGUCUCCUCACACUCACCGUUCGAACAAGCUUCAGCACUCCAUCUUCGGCCACCAGCUAUUUAUCAUCUCACCUUUGUCGUUCUCUAAGUACCAGCAUGUGCAUCACCAAGGAGAACAGCUCUUUUGGUCCAGAAAGCCCAGCGUUUCCUCUGAGCACCAUGAACCCCAAUGACAGGAUCAUGAUGGAAGUUUCCUUAAAUAAAGAGGCUGGUGUGGGCCUCGGCAUUGGCUUGUGCAGCAUCCCUUACUCCCGGUACAUUUCAGGGAUAUUCAUCCACACUCUUUCGCCCGGGUCUGUGGCUCACAUGGAUGGGAGGCUCAGAGGUGGAGAUGAAAUAGUGGAAAUCAACGAGGCAUCGGUUCAAACAAUGACCCUUAGUGAAGUUCAUGCUGUCCUAAGCCACUGCAAUCCUGGCAUUGUGCAAAUUAUCAUUAGCAGGCAUCCUGAACCACAGGUUUCUGAACAGCAGCUAAAGGAUGCUGUUUCCAAUGCUAUGGAAAGCAACAAGUUUGAAAGAGACAGAUUCCACUGGAAUGCAGAAGGUAAGGAUUUCCCCUUAAUCUGGCUUAAGAAAGCUCCCUGUGAAAAAUACUUGGAGAAGAAUGAUGCCCACCUCAACCACCCUUCUCAAAAGCCAAUGAUCCGUUCCAGCAGUGAUAGCAGUUACAACCCCAGGUCCUCUUGUGGAAAUGGCCUGCUUUAUCAGUUGACCAACGGCCCAGGAAAAGACCAUCAUCUGGAUGUAGCGAUUACACAGCCGCCAGGCUCCCGACAUUCGUUUUCUGAAAUGAGUUUACGAAAUGAGUCUUCCCGGUCAGUAUCUCAAGAUGUCAACCCCCUUUCACCCCAUGCUGCUAAAAAAUGCACAGAGAUCCUGGUUAGAAAACCCCGGUCCAUCAAACCCAAACCCCCACCAAGGAAGUAUUUCAAACAGGAUUGCCCUGAUAAUGAGCAAACGAUCAGAGAGAUGAAAGACAGGCCCAGUCUGCCUGAGAGUGAAGUCCCACCAUCUUCAAACACUCAGGAAGUUGGGGACCUGCUGUGGCUGAGAAAUAAGACGGUUGUAACGCACGGCGCAUUUGCAAGUUCCUUAGCUCCACGAGCUGCAGAACAGCUGAAGGUGUCCCCGGGAGCUGCAGAUCAGGAAAAGAAAAACAACAAAGGGAAGACAGACCCAUCUACAAGGCCUGCCCUCAGAAGACAAGCGAGGGUGGAUUAUAGCCUGGAGACGACAACCGAAGAUCCUUGGGUGAGAAUUUCCGACUGCAUCAAAAGCUUGUUUAACCCCAGCAUGGCUGAAGAAAGGUGCAGCUUAAACAUGCCUCGUGGCAUCGAGAGCAAAGAUGGUGAGCCAGCCUUACAUCGCUCAGGAGACGCCCUGAAGCCAUCAGACACCGAGGAGAGUGAUCCCAAAGCCUCUUCCAUGUCAGAGGAAGGUGACUUUGUGAAGAAAGGUCCACCUGUAGCACCCAAACCAGCUUGGUUCCGCCAGAGCCUCAAGGGACUCCAAAAAGGAAGUUCAGAGGCAAAAACUCUCCGAAGCAGUAGCACUGAGCAUCAGAGCCUAUCUGACAAUGAGCUGAGCUGCAUUACCAAGAUCAUCCGGACCUCCCCUAGACCUAGAGGAUCAUCAAUAAAGCAGAGAAUAAGCUCUUUUGAAAAUCUGGGCACUCCUCAGUCUCCUGAGAAGGGAACUCGGAAGUUGAGUCCAAAGCUGCCCACUGAAAAAGAGCAAGCUUCGAGUAGGCAGGCUUCCAGAUCUGCUACAUUUGAUCCUCAGCCAGUGUCCACCAGUAACACUGACCACCGAGGCGCUGAGAGCGGUCCCUUGCCCUCCUCUCUAGAACAAAGUCAAACCAACGUGUCUUCUUCUUCUUCUGUGGAUCACGGUGCUUCGCUUUCCAAGAUGAACAACAGCACCCCUCUUGACUCAUCUUUGAAUCUUCCAGCCUCACAAAAUGCGGAACUCGACCCGCCGGUCACAAAAGCACCCAGCCAACGAGCACGCAGCUUUCCACUCACUUCAUCUCAGACCUAUGAGAUGUUGAAAACCAGCGCCGAGGGGGAGAAAUGCAGCAAAAUCUAUUCCAUUAGCAAUCACUUCUCGUCGGCGUUGAUGAAAUCGUUAGACGGCUUUCCUUCUCAGUCUCCUCGCUGUAGUAGGAAGAGCCCUGGAGCCGCCAACGGAGGGGUUUCCGAAUCUUGCGGGGAAGAAGACAAGAUUGCUUCCCCUCCAGGAAGAGAAGUUCAGUCUCUGGACACUGGCUAUUCUCUUAACCUUUCUGAGUUGAGAGACUAUAGAGCAAAUCAACCGGACAAAGAGAAGAGGGAAGAUAAGAAGAAAUCCUGUCCGUCUCCAACCCUGGGCACCUCCGGGCAAGCUGUCAUCUCUCUGCUCACUCCUGAAGAACUGGAGAAGCUUCUGGAGGAGGUGAAAGCUUUGGAUGAAGCAACACUAAAGCAACUCAAUGACAUUCAUGUGACGAUUCUCCAUAAAGAAGAAGGGACUGGCCUUGGGUUUAGCUUGGCUGGUGGAAUAGACCUUGAAAACAAAACUGUUGUCGUUCACAAAGUCUUCCCCAGUGGUCUAGCAACGCAGGAAGGAACUAUCCAAAAAGGGGAUGAGGUCUUAUCGAUCAAUGGGAAAUCUCUUAAGGGUGCCACUCACACCGAAGCCCUGGAGAUCUUGCGAAAAGCGCGGCACCUCGGGCUGGCAGUGAUUGUCACACGAAAGCCCAAAGAGAGACAAUGGAGCACCAGUGGGCCCCUUCAGUCCUCAGUGUCCACAGGAAGCGAAACGUCCAUGGAUUCCACACCAGAAGAUCUGAUCUUCACAGUUACCCUGGAGAAGACAUCUGCAGGCUUAGGUUUCAGUCUGGAAGGAGGAAAAGGCUCCAUUCAUGGAGAUAAACCAAUCACCAUCAGUCGGCUUUUUAAAGGCGUGACACCCCAACACAACCCCCCUAUUCAGCCUGGAGAUGAGCUGCUGCAGGUGCACACCCAUCUGAUGCAAGGACUCACUCGCUUUGAAGCUUGGAAUAUCAUCCGGACCUUGCCAGAUGGGUUUAUUACUGCUACCAUCCGGAGGAAAAAUUCAGUGGCUGGAACAGCUUCCUCUCUCCGUGGAGAGGAAUAGUGACCGUGACAGUGAUGGUCACAGUGCUCAAAGAGAUCUGGAACUGCUAUGACCCAAACUAGAGACUCAUGCCUUGCCUGUAUCACCUACUCUGCAGCUGAUUCAACUGCCCGUGUUCUUUGCUCGCCAAGGGAAUGCCAGGAAAGGCAGAGACAAGGAGGCCAACGUAAACAGCUUGCUUGUUUGUGUUUGCAGUGUUAUUAAAAGUUCCUGUGGUGAGCUGUGCCCGAAUUAAUCAAGGAUUUUGCCCAAAGCAAAAGGGCAGAACCAUGAAAGAAGAUUUGAUGGCAAAGGAGAUAGCGGGAUUAAUUAACUGGGCCUUGAUUGCCUAACAAGCAUUAAAGCGGAUGCAGGAGCUCAGCCCGUGGAGAUCCAUUGCAGGAUCUGUGGCUUUCUUUGACGCAACAUGGAGGGUGUAUAUCUUGACCAUUCCUGGGAUUACAGUGUGUGUGUGUACAUUUCCAUCCCUGGGAAAGCACAUCUCUCUCACUUUGGACUGGCUGUAGAUUGUCCACUGCUGGAUCAGGAAAGCCCGAUUUAGCUACAUUUUUACCUGUUCCUCCAAUAAAGUA